AGCUCCCUCAUAGAAAGUCAUUACAUGAAAUGGUUAUGAAUUCUCAGCCUGAUGUCUGAAACAUUGUUUAAUGAUAGUUUAGUGAUAAAAGUUUGGCUUAAAAUAUGUUUUAAUCUAUUUCUUUUAAUCCAGUCAAUGCAGAGGGACACAUGCAGGACAUUGUAAGGCAAAAUAGUCCCCAAAGAAAUUUUUUUUUUUCAGAUUUACCACUAUUUCUACCACCAUCAACAUUACAUAUAAAAAGUCAAAAGAUGUGUAGAUUAAUUGGUGGUUUAGAUAGUAAAUAAAUGGCUAUAUUUGUGUUGUAGACAUUGUGACCCCUGGUUCCUAUCAGCACCACUGUAAAGAAAUCAGAGUCUGUAAGUUUCUCUACUAUUAACCAUUUAACAUCAAACUACUCUGAAUGACUCUGUGUACAAGGACUGAACUAUUCAGAAAUUUUGAAAAAUUGGUGGAACUACCCUUUAAGCAUCCAGAUGCAGUCACAAAUAUAGCAGAAUGUGCUUGAAUGUGUGAGCUUACUGUUCAGGUUCAUGUCCUUUUAUGCUAGUUUGUAAAAAUGCAGAGAUCAAAUUCUUUCAGCUACGUCUGCCUUAUGUGUGUUUUUUGUACUGAACAUGUUGCUUGUUUCCUUCGACCGUCUCGGACCUUGGGGCCUGCUGUUUUGGAUCACGAACUUGUGGAUCCUGUCAUCUCGUCUGGUGGGGAAAGUCCCGCCCUCCUGUGCUAGGAUUGGCUAGUAAAUCAUACUUACAAGCGGUUCUCCUUUGUCCAUCAAGCCAAUCCCAGCGAUGAUGGGCGGGGCUUGCCUGAAUACGGGUAGGAGGAGAAGAUACCACUUCUCAGAAUCCAGCGCGGACUCAAAGCUGUGCCUAACCGCUCUCAGCAGCUCCGGCGCCGGGGAACAGCGGCUGUCACAGCCGCGAAAAGGACACGGCAUAUUCGUAUGAAUUGCCAUGACUGCUGGUGCAGGCCAGGAUUCAGAACCCAAGCAGAAUCAGAGUCAGAACCAGCAGCUCCAUCCAGCUGAAGCACUUCCUUCACCCAAAACACCAGACGUGCCUUUCAUAGGUGGACACACCAGCCCAUCCACACAGCACCAGCAAAGUGGAGAAGAGGACUACAUAUCCCAGAAGUCUUUGAGCAGCAGGCUUUCCAGGACCUCUCUAGGCAGCACCCACAGGCUGAAGAACAUGCAGUGCAGGAUAACCCUGUUAGACGGCUCCGACUACACCUGCACAGUCGAGAAGAAGGCCAAAGGGCAGGUCCUUUUUAAUAAAGUAUGUGACCAUCUCAAUCUCCUAGAGAAGGACUACUUUGGCCUCACGUACCGCGAUGCAGAAAACCAGAAGAACUGGUUGGACCCUGCCAAAGAACUGAAGAAGCAAGUCAGAACUGGUCCCUGGAACUUUGGCUUUAAUGUGAAGUUCUAUCCUCCUGACCCAGCACAACUCAGUGAGGAUAUCACCAGGUACUACCUGUGUCUGCAGCUGAGAGAUGACGUUGUGUCUGGCCGUUUACCCUGCUCAUUUGCCACACACUCUGUGCUGGGAUCCUACAUUGCUCAGUCUGAGAUUGGUGACUAUGACCCAGAGGAGCUGGGCGGUGACUACGUCAGUGACCUCCGCUUCGCCCCCAACCAGACCAAAGAACUGGAGGAGAAGGUCAUGGACCUGCAUCGCAGCUACAAAGGAAUGACUCCUGCUGAGGCUGAGAUGCUGUUCUUGGAAAACGCUAAGAAGCUCUCCAUGUAUGGUGUAGAUCUGCAUCAUGCCAAGGAUUCAGAGGGUGUGGAGAUUAUGUUGGGUGUGUGUGCCAGUGGCCUCCUGAUUUACAGAGACCGGCUGCGCAUCAAUCGCUUCGCCUGGCCUAAAAUCCUCAAAAUCUCCUACAAGAGGAACAACUUCUACAUCAAGAUCCGCCCUGGAGAGUUUGAGCAGUUUGACAGCACAAUUGGAUUCAAACUUCCAAAUCACAAAGCAGCAAAGAGACUGUGGAAAGUUUGUGUGGAACAUCAUACCUUUUUCAGACUAGUGUCUCCUGAAGCUCCUCCUAAGAAGUUAAUGUCUCUGGGCUCUAAGUUCCGCUAUAGUGGGCGUACACAGGCACAGACACGCCAGGCCAGCUCCCAGAUCUCCCGACCUGCACCCCAGUUCCAGCGCUCCUCCAGCAAACGGCACACCACAUCCCGCAGUCUGGACGGAGCACCAGCCAUGGCCAACAAUGACAACCUGAUGAAGGACUCCAAGCCCACCGUCACGGGUACUCACAUCACCACGGUAACACCAGAGAAAAAGAUUGAGGAAGAAAAGGCUGUAGAGGAAGAGACAACUACUGCUGCGGAAACAUCUGAACCUGCCGCUUCCACUCCUGUUGUCAAGAAUAGUUUCAUAAGGCGGAUAAAGGGUGACAACGUCUUUGUCAAACACAGUAAUCUCAUGUUAGAGGAGACUGACGCUCCAGAUGAGCUGCUCAAGAGACAGACGAACCUCAACGAGUUGAAGAGGUCAUUUUUGGAGACGCGUCCUGAGUGGUCAGGAGACAGUGAAUGGGACAGGAGGUUGUCCUCUUCUCCUGCUCGCACACAGCGACGGGAUGACACUCCCAUCAUAGAACCUGUCUUACCUUUACAGGAUACUGCAGAAGAUGCCAAAGCAGAACCUCCUCAGGACGUUUCAGAAGAAAAGCCUGAGCUGCUGGAGGCCAGCCCCACUGAGAGUUCAGGUGACCAGCAAGAGGAGACUCCAGUUGUAGAGGAGGUGCUGGAGGGAGAGGAAGCAGAGGAGACUGAUAAGAAGGAACCACUGACUGAUGAGGCACAAGAGGAGAAGUCACUAACUUGUACAGUUCAGAAAGAGAAGUCACCUCCUUAUGAGCCUGAGGAGAGGUCAGCAUCAGCUCCUUGUGAGACUCAAGAGAAGUCACCUCCUUGUGACACUGAAAAGAAGUCGUCAGCUCCUGACGAGACUCAGGAGGAGACGUCAGCUCCUAAUGAGGCUGAGGAGGACAAGUCACCCCUUUAUGAAGCUCAGAUGACGUCACCUCUUUAUGAUUCUAAGGAGGACGAGUCACAUUAUGAGGCCGAGGAGGAGACAUCAGCUCUUUAUGAGACUCAAGAGCAGAUGUCAUUUAUUUAUGAAGCUGAGGUGGAGAAUUCACCUCCUCAUGAGCCUCAUGAAGACUUGUCUGCAACCACUUUGAAUAUACUGACACCAGGGGAUGCUAUAAAUGAAGACAGUAAUGGUGGACAGAUUGCCUCACAGGCUCCUCUGUUCAUGACUGAAGAGGAACAGUCACCUGUUAAUGUGCUAGAUCAAGCAAAAGACGAAAUCCAGCUGUCAGAAUUGGGAAAUUGUGCCGCUAUAGUGCAGUCAGCGCCGUGGUGUGAGGACAGUUACAUUGCUGAGCAAGUUCCAGAGGAUGUUGUAUGCCCUGUAAUGGCAGAACAGUUGCCACUUGACACCCAGUUUAGAAACUGCGCACAAGAGGGGCUGCAAGAGGAAGUGGGAGAGCAGACCAUAGCGUCUGAAAGCAUGCCCUCAGCAUUAGUCACUGAGAGCACAGCAGACUGGACACACACUGAAAAGGAAACCCUAACACCAGGUUUGACUGGGGAAUGCAAAGACCAAGAGAAUAGUGAAAAUGCUGCAAUGGUGCCCUCUGCUGGUGAAACUCAGAUGUACAUGGCUGAGGCAGCUCUUCUGCAAGCUACACCUGGGUUGGCUGAUGUUGCUCCAUUGAUGUCUGUUCAUAAAGCAGAUAGCAAUGAAAGAGAAGAGUCCUCUCUUGAGGAAUGUGUGGAUCAGGUAUAUGAGAAUUCAUUGACUCCCAAUAUUGAUGAAGGGCAAGUCUCUGAGAACAGUCAGGAAUAUGAAGAGGAGAAAGAACAGUCAGCAAGUUCUGGAAGCUCUACCCCAAUCAGGAAGUCAGUCUGUGAAGAUGAUGAGAGCUUUGUUUAUGAAGAGGGAGAGAAUUCGGAGGAGAUUAGCAUUGAUUAUGCUAACUUACCCAUUGAAGAGCAAGAACAAGCAAAUGUAGAUGAAAGUGCUGAAAGUGACUUGUCAGGAUUGGGGAACUGUUCCACUUCAGUGCAGUUUGUGCCACCCUAUGAGGAAGUUCAAGAGCCUGUUAUGGAAGAACAGUUGCCACUGGAGACCCAAAUAGAAGAGGACAGUGCAGAAGGGUUUGGAAACUUCACAUCUCCAGAGAUACGUAAACUAGCUUGUACAAACAAAGAGGGUGGAGAUACUGAUUCAGAAUGUAAAGGGAGCAACGAUAAGGAAGGGGAAGCAGUUCCACAAGAAACAGAGAAGAUGAAGGAGGAAAUGAACACAGUUAGUGAAGCUGCCAUGCCCCUCCUGGAGCAGUCUGAGGAGCCAGUGCAGGCAGUGAUGACCACUGAAGUGCCUGUAGUUCAUACCGAGACCAAGACCAUCACUUAUGAAUCUGCUGAGGUCGAUGCUAACGGUGGAGACCCUGGAGUUCUGAUGAGUGCACAGACCAUCACCUCUGAGAACAACAGCACCACAACCACUACACACAUCACAAAGACGGUGAAGGGAGGCAUCUCAGAGACGAGGAUUGAGAAGAGGAUUGUCAUCACGGGAGAUGCAAACAUUGAUCAUGACCAGGCUCUGGCUCAGGCUAUAAAAGAGGCUAAAGAGCAGCACCCAGACAUGUCGGUCACCAAGGUAGUGGUUCAUAAAGAGUCGGAGAUCUCACUUGGUGAAGGUGGCCAGUGAUACAGGAGUAAGGGCCAGUCUGACAGAGAACAGUGCCAUUUUCCCCAUCCCAUGGACAUAUGACUCCCGCCACCUCCGAGUCAUGACUUUUGACCUCAGACACAGAACGCACUCCUUAUGUGCCGGACAGUGGAGAAACAACCAUUAAAACCCACUCUGCACAUCAGCUUGGUACCUUUCGGUGUCCUCUUAGGGCGCACAGUGCCAUCGACAUGAUGACGACGCCAGCUCUGCUUUUUGAUGGAAUUAUGAAACUUCACUGCUAACAGCAAUAAUAUCAAGAGGCCAUAAACUCAUACAGCACUCAAAACCACCAGAAUGGGAGAAAUCGUCUCAGAAACACAAUUUGUUCGACUGCCUUAAUCAGAGAUUUUUAAUCAGAAAGUGUUUAAUUUAUGCAACUUCAAUUUAUUUAUAGUCCAACACUCCAAUCCGAGAACUGUGGACUCAUUUGAAUAUAUAUGAGGUAAAAUGAAGUAUGCAAAAACAGCAGACUGAAUCACCGUGCCAACUGCAUUGCAAGGCUAAAAUCCCCUCACUCUAGUAUUCCAGGAUUUUCUCCAGCGAGAGCCAGUUUUGCUAACACAAAUUAAGCCUAGGGAUUUUCAGUGGAGGAAUGUGACAGUUGAGUUUAGUCCCAUGACUAGGUUUAAUCUGUAUGUGGAAAACCAACCCAAAGUCUACAGAUACUGAGUCUUUGUACAUACAGUAUAUAUAUGCUUGUUAGCUGAAACAGCAUUAAUUUUCUCUAUGGAAAUGUUUCUACUUGCUUCAUAAAAGUGAUUGUUUUACAUUUUUAUUUAUCCUGUUCACCAAAUACAAAAUGGCAAAAAAGUACUAGAAAGAAAAACUAUGGCACUAUUCGAAGGGCUGCUUCUAGUUUACUUGGUAACCCAAAAAUAUGGACUCGUGUUUUUGUCUUUGUUGUUUUUUGUUUGUUUGUUUGUUUUUUCUACCCCUCCCGCUCCUCACCCCAACACCCCCAAACCCCCAACCUCCCACUCUCGCUCCCACCCUUGCUACCACCCUCACAGUUGUGACAUGAAGUGGACUGACUGGGGCUUUUUGACCUUGAGGCCACCAUUCAGAAGUUAAAAUCUGACGGUGCUGGAACUUCAUCUUACUUUUGAUAGAACCAAUCCAGUAGGUCUCUUUAUCCUAAACACACAGCCUCAGUUACACAAACUACACAAACAUUGUGAUUUUUUUUGUUGUUUUAUUUUUGAAUAAAAUAUUAUUGAAAUCAACUGACA